CGUUGCUAUAGAGUAGUCGUGUUUUAGUAAUUGUAGUAGUUGGUCGGUUGCAUAUUUUUAAUUGCCAAUAUUGUUAAACGGCUUGUGGGUUCACGAUUGCUAUUCAUUUCUUGCGUUGUGCAGCAGGAAUAGAAUUCUUUACUUUAAAAAGCUUUACUUGGAUUUAUUUGGUGCCUCUUCUUCUUCUACUUCUUCUUCCUCUUCGUAAAAGGAAACGGAAACUAUUCAAUAUUUUGCUUUUGGAGUGGUAUGUUGAUAAAUUUUAGCCGCCAUGGAUCCCAGUGCUUUACAAAACAUGGAUCGGGACGCAUUAAAGAAACAAAUCGAAAAUAUGAAAUAUCAGGCCAACAUGGAAAGAUGGCCGUUGUCUAAAAGCAUUGCAGAGAUGCGUUCAUUUGUCGAAGAGAAUGAAAAAAAUGAUCCUCUUAUAAAUGCUCCAGAUAAAAAAAAUAAUCCGUGGGCUGAAAAGGGAAAAUGUGUAAUUAUGUAAUAUUAUCGUAAACCACAAAAAUACCCUAAUAUUAAACUGUUGCAACAACAACAGCAGCAGCAAAAAUAUAAAAAUUGUCAAUAUCAUCAACAACAAUCUAAUACAAAUUCCAACCACUCCAACAACAACAAUAAUAAUAAUAACAAUUUCACUGGCAACAGCAGACAAGUAGAUGCCCAUAGAGGCUUAUUAGACGAAUAUCUAUACAAUAAUUCCGUAGAUCCUACCGAUAAAUCCGAGGUUCAUGGCCAAUCGAAUAAACCCGAAGAAGACCAAGAAGAACCACAUAAGCCCUCAUUAUUUCUUUGUCAUACUGAGUUUUAUAAAAAUAAUAACUAUUAUUACUAUAAUUACAAUUUAAAUUAUCACGACUUACAAGAGGAACCAUCAAGAACAAAUAAAUUCUUAACAAAAUUAAAGAGAAGAACACAAAGAGAAAUCUUACAAAGACCCAUGUUACAGCAUCUAUUGGUUUUAAUGAUAUGGUUGCAAGCUAAGUUUUGGCAAAUCUUUUACGAGAUCAUUAUGAGAGUAACACAUUGAGUGAAUUUAAGAGAACAGACAACAAGUUAACCAAAUGGAUAAAGACGACCAAACCAACCAAGCAGAUCCAUAUUGACUGACUGACUGACAGCAAAAGGGCAGCUGCUGCCUUACUGAUGAAGAGUCAAAUAUCUUACCAAUGAUGUUAAGUAUCGAUUAAAAACAUUUAUUCCGCUUCCCAUAAUCAUAAGUUUAUUACUAUUAAGUAUAUUUUUUUCUUUACUACACCGAAACAUACUAAUUAUAACAAAAUCAAAAAAUUUGCAUAAUUUCUUUAAAGCAAAAAUUAAAAUAUAUUAAUAAAAAAUCCAAUUAAACUUACAACAAAAAACUACUCAUGAAAACUUAAAAAAUAAAA